AGAGAGAGAGGGAGAGAGCGACAGAAAGGGUUCAACGCACUGGAUAAGCAGUCACUCCAGGAGUCUAUCCAUCACAUCUGUGUUUUUAUUUCCCCAGGACAAAUAGAUGUGUGCAGCGUGUACAUAUUGACAGAUGAGAAUAUUUGGAACAAAAGCCUUUUGAGACAAACUGAUUGAUUUUUUUUUUCUUUUUUGUGGGUGGAUUUCAGUUUGGCCCACAAUCCGCUGGAUAAACAAGUGUUGCCAUGGAAACUAUUUUGCUCUUCCUCUCUUCACUCCUGGUGUGUGUGGCUGCUGUAGCAAACAGCAGUGAGCAGGAUGACAAAAAGAAAGAAGAAAACCCAUUUGUUUACGACUAUGAGACCCUGAGGAUUGGGGGGUUGGUGUUUGCCGUGGUGCUGUUCGCGUUGGGCAUCCUGCUCAUCCUCAGUCGACGAUGCCGCUGUGGUAUCAACCAGAAGCCCAGCGCCCCCGGAGACGAGGAGAAACAGGAGGAGAACCUGAUUGUCCCCAUGGCCACAGCGGUUGCAGAGACUGCCGCAGAGAACUGAAGCAAGUCCACUGCAUUGAACUGCCUUCUGAAAUGAUAAUCGUUUUUAUUUGCUUUUAAGCCACUAUAACCGUGGAUAAAUUAAUGAUUGUGAUAUUGUUGUUAUAAACAGGUUAAGAGGGGAAAUGUAAUAUGUACAUAAGUCUUGUGCCCCAAAGGCAAUCCUUUAGCCUGUUGUGCUCCUUUGUGACCGUGCCAGUCCCUCAGUGCUCUCGUCUGUUCCUGUGCCUUUCUGUGACGGUCCCUCACUCCACUUCCUUGUCUUAGCAAGUAGCAUCUCUGACACAAGGUUGUCUAUGAAGCCCCAGAGGAGUUUUUAAUGUUUUGUGGUCCGCUGUUCAUUGUUUUGUACUUCUAAUUAUAGCCUUUAGGUUUUAGAUUUUGUCACUUUGUUGUUUAUUUUGUCAACUGUCCUGGAUAAUGUUUGUCAUAUUUGGCUUAUAACAUUUAUGCAUAUAUGCUGUAUACAGAGCAUAACUAUAUAUAUGAAUACAGAUAGUUUGUGGAGAAGAGUUAGAUGUCCUUCGUUUAGGUCUGCAUUUGAAUGGCCGGGUGUUUGUGUGCACAUGUGGCCAUAUACUGUGUGCGCAAGCAAAUCCUGUACAUGUACUGUAUGAUUGUGCGUAUAUGACAAGUGUAUCUCUACAUGUAAAUGUGACGCACCUUAUAUAAGACAAUCUCAACUGCCACAGCUCUCUGACUGAGCACAGGAAAGGUUCACAGGUAUCUGCAUGAGCUCCUCCACUGUGCCAUCUAUAGUGGAGGGAGCUCCUGCGUCAGCUGUCUCACUGCCUUCUUCUCCUUCACACAUCCACUCCACUGGCUCCACCAGGAUUAACUAGUCUGCUGCAAACUGUGAUUAGUUCCCCCACACACACUCACUAGCAAAGUAAAUCCGUGGAGUCUGGUUCUGUUUCUUUUCUCUUUCUUGUUUGUUUAUUAAACUGCUUAGUGAAUCUCUCCAAUGGCGUGAUGCUUUAAAUGGCCACACAUGUAGUACAUUCCUGAAAAUGAGAGACAAAGUUUGAAAUAGACAUUAUUUAUGUGCAAGACGACAUUUUUAGUAGCCUAAUGUAAGGCAAAUCAUAGCGAGACAACAAAUGAACGGUCCUUGUUGUGAAGCUGCUGUCAGGCCAGACUUCCACCAAUCUUACGUCUGAGUGUACACGUUUUAGAGAAGACUGCUAAAACAGGAAAAUCCAUGUUCAUUCUAUGCAUGAGGCCUUGUUGUGUAGCAAUCUAUUGUGCUUUUGUCAUAAAUAAAUAAAAGUAUGUCUGACCACAUACAA